AUGGAGAUAGACUACUUUAUAGCCACAACUUCAGAUGAAGAAAAGAAGAAGCAAUUUCUAGCUUUGAAAAAGCAGUUCCAAGUAUUAUGUGAGGCGGUUGAGAGUGAACCGAAAGACACUGUAUUUGACUGGAAAAUUUAUGAAAAAGAGUUUACAAUUGACAAACGAGAAGAAAUCAGUCAAAUAGAGGCUUUUAUAACUGAUUCCCUUUCGAUCAAAUACAACAAAGAAGCAGAACUUAGAAAUCUCCAGACUAUUGCAAACAAAACUUCGAUGUUCUAUUUGAAGAAAAAGACCGAAUUGUCAAAAGAGUAUUUUGAAAUUCGAGUAGUCUUACAGCGUUUACUUCUCAAGGCUAAGGUAUUAACAAAAGACAUAUGUAAAGAUCUUUUAGCAGAAACAGAAAAAAUAUGCACCGAGAAGACUGAAACCCUAGAGAAGGAGAAACAGUCCAAGGAAAAUGAAAUCACAAAGAAGAAAACAAAUUUGGUUUCAAAAGCACUUGAAGAAGAAAAUAUAGAAAUUCAAAAGAUCAAACAACGCACAUGCCAAACUCUCGAAGCCCUCGAGCGCGAAGCCAAAGAAUCUUCACAGAAAAACGAGUUAGAAAUUCAAGCCAAAUUGGUUGCAGUCGUGGACGAGCGCCGCAAAGCACAAGCUGAAAUUUCGAUGCGGAAUCGGAAGAUUUCUGACAUUGAAAAGCGCAUUGGGGAUAACACAAUAGUGUACCGGAGUUUACAAAACAAGAGUAAAGAGUACUCUUCUUUUGAAAGAGAGUCUCCGGAGUACUCUGAGUAUAUACAGACUGGUGGAAUAGACUCUAUACAGAAGAAUAUGACUAUAUUGUCCGAGUGGACUUCUUCAUUGAACACAAGACUCUUAUUUGACACAGAGACUGAUGGGUGGGAGAAAGAGACGUUUAUGAGUUCGAUAUUUGGGAGGGACAAUUUGAUGUUAGUGAAUGAGACAGAAAGUGGUGACGUCUUUGGGUGUUAUAUAAAAAAGAAGAUUAACGACAAUGGCGAUAUCUCCGAUGAAGACCAUUUCGUGUUCACUUUGGAAUGUCACGGGCGAACAGAAACGCCCCAGAAAUGGACAAAGCUUAAGAAGAUGACAUUCCUGAAGAAUUGGAAAAUAGCUGGGAAGAUGGGGAGUCAAGAGUAUUUGUAUAUCAUAGGAGACUCUGAUAUAAUGAUCCAAUCGACGGUGGAUGGAACUUGCUCUUAUUCGUUUAAUCCCAUUUCAAAUUACUACGAAGGACUUGGUGAUGAUGUUUUGACUGGAAACAGAGAUGUUUUCAAAGUCAAAAAGAUAGUCGCGUUGCAGUGGUACUGA